UCUGCCAUUUUCUAAAGUGUUUUUCCCACAAAUUCUUUUAGGAAAGCCCAAGGUGUAUCAAGGUGUUAGAGUAAAGAUUACAGUCAAGGAGUUACUGCAGCAGAGGAGAGCACGGCAAGCAGCAACCAGUGCAGCAGAGUUCUCUAGCUCCAGCCACUCUAGAGAUUUGCAUAAAGAAGUUGCACCUUUUGAUGCAGAACCCGUCUCUUCUAUUCCCAACUAUUGUCCAUCAUGGCAGUUUUCAAAUUGCCUCUCCUGUGAAGAAAGCCCUAGCUAUUUGGAGCAGCUGGUAGAUUCCUGUCUUCAGACAGAUGCACCCUUAGAGCCGACCUUCAGUGCUUUACAGACGUCCUCACACUACACCUCAGACGCCUUCCAGCCAGUCCCACUCUGCUUUAACCAGGGCCUGGCUGCCGGAUCCCCCAGUUCAGCUGAUCUCUCCAGCCCGUUAAACUAUAGCUGUUCUCCUCAGCUAUCUCCUUUCACCCCGCCGACCCACAGCCCACCCUCUGCUCUGGACACCAAGACCUAUGGCUACCCUGUGGAGGAGUGGUCCUGCCAUACCCCCUCUCCAUACUCCACCUCUGCCUGCUGCUGCACCACCUGUGGCUCCCAGCAUGUGGACAACAGGGUCCCACAGUACUUCCCCUGCACCAACACGGACUUCAUGGACUACCUACCACCCAUGGCUGUGGCUGAUGACCUCUUCAGAAGGGACAGGAACUGUGACAUCUGCUAUAGCUAA